AUGUCUAGCGUUAAAGAAAUUAAAGAAGCUAAAAAAGCCGUUGCAUUCAACAGAGAAAGUUUAGAAAGUGUUCUAAAACGUAGAUUCUUCUAUGCACCAGCAUUUGAAUUAUAUGGCGGUGUUUCCGGUCUAUAUGAUUAUGGUCCACCAGGUUGUGCCUUCCAAGCUAAUGUUGUUGAUACUUGGAGAAAACAUUUUAUUUUAGAAGAAGAUAUGCUAGAAGUUGACUGUACCAUGUUGACUCCAUAUGAAGUUUUGAAAACUUCUGGUCAUGUCGACAAAUUUAGUGAUUGGAUGUGUAAAGAUCCCAAGACAGGUGAAAUCUUUAGAGCUGAUCACUUGGUUGAGGAAGUCUUAGAAAGUAGAUUAAAAGGUGAUCAAGAAGCUCGAGGUUUAUUGAAAAACGCCAACUCUGAGGCAGAAGCUAAUGCAGAAAAAAAAAAGAGAAAGAAGAAAGUCAAGGAAAUUAAAGUUGUUAAAUUGGAUGAAAAAGUUGCCAAGGAAUAUGAAGAGGUUUUGGCCAAGAUUGAUGGUUAUUCUGGUCAAGAAUUGGGUGAAUUAAUGGUAAAAUAUGAUAUUCGCAAUCCAGCUACUAAUGGCGAAUUAGAAGCUCCAAGAGCUUUCAAUUUAAUGUUUGAAACUGCUAUUGGACCAAGUGGUCAAUUAAAGGGCUACUUAAGACCAGAAACAGCUCAAGGUCAAUUUUUGAAUUUUAAUAAGUUAUUAGAAUUUAAUAAUGGUAAAACUCCAUUUGCCUCGGCCUCAAUUGGCAAAUCCUUUAGAAACGAAAUUUCUCCACGUUCUGGCCUAUUAAGAGUUCGUGAAUUUUUAAUGGCCGAAAUCGAACAUUUUGUUGAUCCAGAAAAUAAGGCCCAUCCACGUUUUGAUGAAAUUAAAAAUAUUAGCUUGAAAUUCCUGCCACGGGAAGUUCAACAAUCAGGCUCUACUGUUCCAAUCGAAACUACUAUUGGUAAGGCAGUUGCCUCUGGUAUGAUUGAUAACCAAACUUUAGGGUAUUUUAUUGCUAGAAUCUAUUUGUUUUUAAUUAAGAUUGGUGUUGACGAAGAUAGAUUGAGGUUCCGUCAACAUAUGGCUAAUGAAAUGGCUCACUAUGCAGCUGAUUGUUGGGAUGCUGAACUGCAAACAUCUUAUGGUUGGAUCGAGUGUGUUGGUUGUGCCGAUAGAAGUGCUUAUGAUUUAAGCGUUCAUUCCAAGAAAACUGGUGAAAAAUUAGUUGUUAGACAAAAAUUGGAAACUCCCAUUGAAGUCACCAAAUGGGAAAUAGAAGUCAAUAAGAAAUUAUUUGGUCCUAAAUUUAGAAAGGAUGCACCAAAAGUGGAAGCUUAUUUGACCAACUUAGACCAACAAGAACUAGCAUCCAAGGCCAAGGAACUAAAGGAGACUGGUAAGAUUACGUUCAAAGUUGCUGGUAUUGAUGGUGAAAUAGAGUUGGAUGAUAAAUUUUUGACUCUUGAAAGGAAAACCAGAACUGAACAUGUCAGAGAAUUCACUCCAAACGUUAUUGAACCAUCCUUUGGUAUUGGCCGUAUAAUUUACUCAGUUUUGGAACACUCUUUCUGGUGUAGACCUGAAGAUUCUGCUAGAGCAGUUAUGUCUUUUACCCCAGCUGUUGCACCAACUAAGGUUUUAUUAGUCCCCUUGUCUAACAACAAAGAAUUACAGCCAAUUGUUUCUAAAAUGUCCAAGAGUUUAAGGAAACAACAAAUUCCGUUCAAAGUUGAUGAUUCUGGUGUUUCUAUUGGUAAGAGAUAUGCCCGUAAUGAUGAAUUAGGUACUCCAUUCGGUAUUACUAUUGAUUUUGAUUCUGUUAAGGACGAAUCUGUCACCUUGAGGGAAAGAGACUCUACUAGACAAGUUAGAGGUUCUUUAGACGACAUUAUUAAAGCCGUCAAGGAAAUUACUUAUGACGGUAUUCCUUGGGACGAAGCGACUAAGAACUUGACACCAUUUGUUUCUCAAUCUACUGACUGA